AUGAAUGUCCUGUUUGGUGACUACGACCAAGGCAUCAUUGGUGAACACUCAAUUACCGAGUACCCUACCGCUGAUGAUGUGCGACAAGCCGUGUGCAAAAGUCACUUUUGGGGUGCAAUCUACGCCAACACCGGAGCUUCAUCAAGGUUGUCUUCAGCCCUCGUCUCACCACGGGGGGCAGAAGUCUAUAACAAUUCUCAAGCCUUGACCUAUGUGUUGAAUGGAGCUAAAUACGCUGCAUAUGCGCAAACAAUCUAUUCGAGCCUUGAGGUGCUUAUGCAGGCUACGAAACGGGCAUACUCUCAGAUAAACGGAGCCAAAGUCAUGGCCGCCAUCAAUGGCGUUCGCUUCUACUACAACACCGUGUCGAUGGUGAUGCCAAUCCUGCAACAAAUCUUCUUCAUCAUGGCGCUUAAUGGGAUCUUCGCUGAACACCACAUACUCCGCUUUCUGUCUGUCAAAGUUGGUACUACCCUUCGACUAGGCAUCUCAGUCCUCUACACAUUUAUUGCCUCGAUAUGCAUGUCUGGAAAUAUUUGGGCCUUCCGUGAAGGAUGGGAUGUGAAUGGCGGUCAAGUUGCCCUUACAUGGAUGGCAAUCUGGCUGGUCAUGCAUCUGAACUUCUUGCUGAUUGAUUCGGUCACCACUGUUAUACCCAUGAAGUUUAUGCCUUUCGCUAUCCUGACAUGGAUUAUCAUCAACGUCUCAAGCAGCCUUUUGCCCUUUGAUCUUUCCCCCGGGUUUUAUCGAGUUGGAUAUGCGCUCCCGGACCAUCAGCUUUACCAACUCCUACUUGAUAUCUGGACAGAUGGCUGCAAUCCUCCUUUAUACCGCAGCUUGCCCAUUCUUUUCAGCUGGUGGAUCAUUGGCUUCGUGGCUUUCCUAGCUGGAAUGCGCAAGCGGCACAAUGAGGAAAUGAGUGGGGAAACUGAGAAGGACCUCGCUGAGAUCCCUUUGACUGCGGUUUAA